ACGCUAUCGAGUUCGAGUAAGCACCAACUUUCACAUUAUCCCGGGGUCGAAGAAAUCUUCAAGAAAAAAAAAUGAAGCAGGGCCUUCUUCUAUGGAGUCCUUGCUAUCUAUCUCCUCCAUCUUUCCACUCAAUUUCCCUCAAAAUUCCGUCAAUCAAACACACUCCGCGACUCGCACCAAUCUCUGCUUCUCUUGAUUCGACUGACACCCAAGUCCAACUGCAGCAGCAGCUAUCAGCCAGGGAGAGAAGGCAGCUUAGAAACGAAAGAAGGGAGAGCAAAUCAGGGUACAGCUGGAGAGAAGAAGUUGAAGAGAGGCUCAUUAAAAAACCCAAGAAGAGAUACACUUCUUGGACUGAGGAACUGAAUCUUGAUAACUUGGCUCACUUGGGUCCUCAAUGGUGGGUGGUUCGAGUCUCCCGGCUUAGAGGUCUCGAGACAGCCGAGGUCACGGCUCGCGUGCUCGCUAGGAACUUCCCGAACAUCGAAUUUAAGAUAUAUACUCCAGCUGUUCAGGAGAAGAAGAGAUUAAAAAAUGGUUCCAUAUCAGUUAAACCGAAGCCCUUAUUUCCUGGUUGUGUUUUCUUAAGAUGUGUAUUGAACAAAGAGAUUCAUGACUUCAUAAGGGAGUGUGACGGAGUUGGAGGUUUCGUUGGUUCAAAGGUUGGGAAUACAAAAAGACAAAUAAACAAACCUAGGCCGGUUUCCGUUGAUGACAUGGAGGCAAUCUUCAGGCAGGCAAAGGUGGAACAAGAAAAAUCUGAUCAAGCAUUUCAGGAGGAACAGCAAGGAGAAAAUGCUCUCAUGUCUGAUAAGAUGAAUAUAGAAUAUAAUGUAGAUUCCAAUGGUGUUACAAGCUCCGUUUUGGACACUAAGCCAAAACGACAAACUAAAAAGAAGUCUGAUACUGUAGUAAAUGGAGCAAAGUAUUCUAAGCAACUAGUCCCAGGUUCAAAGGUUCGCGUAUUGUCUGGGAACUUUGCUGAAUUUAUUGGCAGCCUUAAGAAAUUGAACCGCAAAACUGGAAAGGCAACUGUGGGAUUUACACUAUUCGGGAAAGAAACCUUAGUAGAUCUAGAUGUCAAGGAUGUUGUACUGGAAACAAAAUGACAUGAAUGUGCUCUCCUGAUAUAUCAUUACAGUUGAAGGGAGACAGGUGUUGGCUUGAAAGAUGGUAACUAGUUCCAUGUGGGUGUUGUGUCUUUAAUCCAUUUGUUGAUUUCUUGAUCCUAUUGCCAACCCAAGAAAGAGGGUAAAGAUCUCAGCAUAACCAACCAAACCUGAUAGGGUUUGAGGCUUUAGAAAAAAAAUCAAUCAAAGAGGCCAAAAGGCAGUGGUCACAAGAAUCUCACCUCAAAAGCUAGUGGUCCCCCUCCCUACCCAUGUUUCAAAUUUAAUGCACAAAACAAGUGCCAGUGCUUUGUGGUUCUAAACUUUGUUCCCAAAGGGUUUUGUUCCACCCAAAGUUCAUAUCCUACCCUGCACCUGUCUUUGUAACCGUAAGCAUGUGCUUUGUAAAUAAUAGAAUAGACCAUUAAACCAACCAUUUUCAAUUGGCAAGUUAGGCAAUGUUAUUCGGAUUCAAAGUUUGGUCCAUAUGAAUAUAUUUAGUGUAAGUAAUGAAUGCAAA